GCUGUCUUUGUUUAUCGAAACCAAAUAUUGGGGCAUCAAGCUGACUUUUUGAGUUCGGCCAUAUUUGUAGGCGUAUAGUUGUUCUGAUUCAAAGAUGACAGAACGAGAGGCUCUUGUAUAUCGUGCUAAAUUAGCUGAGCAGUUGGAAAGAUAUGAUGAGAUGGUUGAUGCAAUGAAGGAAGUUGUAGAGAUGGCAGAGGAGUUGACAGUUGAGGAACGUAAUCUACUUUCAGUUGCAUACAAAAAUGUCAUUGGGUCUCGGCGAUCAUCAUGGCGUGUGUUUAGCGCUGUUGAACAGACAGAAGGGAAUCGAGGUAAUGCUGAAAAGCAAGCUUGUGCCAAGAAAUUUCGUGAAGUUUUGGAAUCUGAACUCGAUCGUGUUUCUAAGGAUAUAUUGGAACUCAUUGACAAGUACUUAAUCAAAAGCGCAACAAAGUCAGACUCUAAGGUCUUUUAUCUUAAAAUGAAAGGCGAUUAUUUCCGUUACAUGGCGGAAUUCUCAGUCGACCCACAACGUCAAAAAGCUGCAGAAGAAAGUAACAAGGCCUACAAAGAAGCUUCUGAAAUUGCCGCAACUCAGUUGUUCCCGACCCAUCCAAUCAGGUUGGGCUUAGCUCUCAAUUACUCAGUUUAUUUCUACGAAAUUAUGAACGAUCCAGACGAAGCAUGUCGUCUUGCACAAACAGCAUUUGAUGAUGCAAUCUCUAGGCUAGAACAUUUGUCAGAAGAAAGCUACAAAGAUUCCACCUUGAUAAUGCAACUAUUGCGAGAUAAUUUAACUCUUUGGACAUCAGAUCCUGAAAGAGAUGACAACGUGAAGAAAGAUACGGAAGAGAAAGCCUAAGAAGUAGACUUAAAGAUUGCUGGUGUUUGCUUACUUGGCCAGAGUUGCUUUUAGGGAUAAUUUAUUGAGUCAUGAAAGUGCACACCAGUAGUGCAGUUUCUCGUUUUACCACUUUAAUCCUUUUUUUUUCUUCUUCAAAUUAUUGCCAAGUUCUCUUAAUAUGCUGGUUCUCAUACUGUCAUGGUUAUAUUCAUUUAGGUAGUCAUUGUUUAUCAUCUUUAACUAUUAUAUACUCUAAAACUUGACGUUUUACUAAUGUCUGUCCUUGAUUUGACAGAUACUUCAUGUUGUUUGAAGCUAUUCUUCAUACUGAGAAUCUGAGCAUGUAAUACUUUGUUCGAGUUAACAUGUAAUGCUUUGAUCUAGAACCUCAUAAAGGAGGUUUUGCGCAUAUUUUAUUUCAGUUUGAAAAAAAAUAUUAUGAAAUCAUUUUGCUUUGUAUUCCUUGAAAACUGAGUUAACCACUUGGUAUAUGGAUCUGUCAAAUAUAAUCAGUUGUUCAUACUUUUGUUGGAAAAUUUAUGCAGAACGCUUAUGGCCGAGAAACACGAUUCUGUUCAAUAUUACCUACAGAAUCUUGUAUGUUCGCCGAGUGUAGUCGAUUACUUCAUAACUUUGAUGUAAGAACAUGAAAUAAAAGACAUUUUAGACGUGCUAAGGUCU